AUGGCAAUUAAGGUCGUCGAACCCUCAGAGUAUCUCAAGCUCCGCCUGGAGCUCCUCGAGAAAGAGAAAGCCCACACCCGGCAACGCGACGAACUGACAAACCUGCGAAAAACCCUUCCAGCAACCGAAAUAACUAAGCCCUAUAAAUUCCAAAGCGUGGACGCCUCAGGCAUCCAGAAGGAAGUGGCCCUCGAAGACCUCUUCGACGGGCGCCCCCAGCUGAUCAUCUACCACUUCAUGUUCGGGCCCGAGAACGAGGCGGGGUGCUCGUCAUGCACACUCUUUGGCGACCACAUCCCGCCCUUGGAGCACCUUCAUUCGCACAACACCUCCUUCGUAGCCGUGUCGCGCGCCCCCAUCGACAAGAUCGCGGCGUACAAGAAGCGCCUGAACUUCGCGUUUCCGUGGGUGAGUUCGCACGGCACGGACUUCAAUUUCGACUUCAACGUCACGUCGGACCCGGCCGUGAAGCCGGUGGAGUACAACUUCCUCAACAUGGAGGAGCUCAAGAAGAGGAAAAUGGACCACUUCACCAGGGGUGAGCAGCCCGGGCAUUCCGUGUUCGUCAAGGGCGGUCUGGGCAUCGGCGAGGAAGGGAAGAUCUAUCAUACGUACAGCACCUAUGCCAGGGGCGGGGAGGCCCAGAUCGGGACGCUGUUGUGGUUGGACAUGACGCCGCUCGGGCGGCAGGACGGCCUCAACGGCAUCCUUGGCCUGGGUUAUAAGCGGAGGGACGAGUAUACCGAAGAGGAGCUGCAAGGCAUGGGAGAUGCCAAGUUUGCUUGA